ACAGGUUUGGUAGAGCCUUUUCUAAGAAACUCCAGCCUAAGCAAUGCAGAGUUGAAAUGUAGGUGUAGCCUAAUUUGAAUGUGUCCAUCAAAAAGAGGGCGGGUAUAGUAGGCGGAGCGUAAAGCAGGGAAGAUUUCAGCUGCUGUUGGGGGGCGCCAGUAACAGUUUCUUCUUGGUCUUUCUUUUGGAAGGAAAUAUCAGAGUGCAUGGACAAAUGUUCUAAGCCCUGGGACAUAAGAAUAAAGCAGAAGAGGACCUUGCCCUCAUAGACUUUACAGUCUAAUAGCAGGUGUUUGCUGAAGGCAGUUUACUCAGAUCACUAUCACCUGGAAGUGGUUGAUAUAUCCUGGUACAAACCUUCAAGGAAGAAGCAACACGACAAUAUGGACCAGCAACUGAAGAAAAAGGUAAAGACUUGUGGCUGGAAAGGCUUGGGUAGAAGAGCCUUCAGUGGGGAUAAACCAAAGCCAUCCAAGGCACGGCCAGCCCAACAAGAACCUUUUGACAUGCCAUGGGCCUUAGAAGAUGAAGGUGUAUUCUUUGAAAGUAGCCACCUAGUUGUUGGAGAAGAUUCCUUCUCUGAUUGUUACAUAGAAUGCAUAAUAAGAGGUGAGUUUUCUGAACCCAUCCUGGAAGAAGACUCACUGAAGUCCCUUAACUACCAGGAAGAAGAAUCAGAACAAGAGCUUUCUCAACAGGUUCUUACUGCAAGCUCGCUUCUGGGGAAAUCCUUGAAAUGUGUGCAAAAAGGGGCAAAACAAGAACUUUCUCAGCAGACUGGAGAGAAUUCACAGCUUGAGUAUUCAGAGUAUGAGACAGGCAAGAAGCUUUCUCCUGGAGGAAUACCCAGCACUGAUGUAUCAGAUCCUAAACAGUUUGCAGAAUUUGCUAGAAAGAAGCCCACAAAAAAUAAGGAAUAUGAUGCUCCAGAAAGAAUUGUUUGUCCUCACAGUGGAUGCACAAAAAAGUUAAAGAAUAGAGCUUCCCUGAGAAGGCAUCUCCUCGUUCAUGCUCCCCGAGAUCAUGUAUGUGCAGAAUGUGGGAAAGCAUUCAAUGAGAGUGCAAAACUAAAAAGACAUUUUCUGGUUCAUACUGGAGAGAGGCCAUUUCGGUGUACUUUUGAAGGGUGCGGAAAACGUUUUUCCCUGGACUACAAUUUGCGUACCCACGUACGUAUCCAUACUGGGGAGAAACGUUUUGUGUGUCCCUUUGAAAGCUGUCAUAAGAGGUUUGUCCAGUCAAAUAACCUGAAAGUUCAUAUGUUAACUCAUGCAAAGACCAACAAAAAUCCGUGAAAGAGAAGAUAGAAAAUAAUCCUUAAACAAGAUGAGCAUAUUAACAAAAUAGUGAUUUGGGGACAUAUGUACCUUAUUACUAUCUCCCAAAAAGAACUUUUUCAAGCAAUUACAACCCUACAUGGUAUAUAUUUUUGUAAUGUUACUACAAUGCUCCUAAAACUUAUGAUAUCAUUUUAGAACACUUUUAGAACAUUUUAGAGCAUUUGCUAAAUGCUCAAUUUCCAACAGUGUAUUUCUAAUGGGAAGGCCAGUAAUUAAUUUACUUCAAAAGCAUAAUCCUUAAUACAUUAUGAAUUGGAUUGCUAGAUUUUCACAUGCUAUAAGUACGAAAUUAACUUUUUAAAGUGUGUAGUUGCGAAUUGUUUAGCUUUUGCCUUUUAGGAAUAAACUUCAUGCUACGUGUGAUAAUCAUAGAGAAUGAAAAUUUUGCUGUAGAUUGUCCAUAAGUAAAUGAGUAGUUAAACAUUUUUAAAAGAUAAAUAUUUUUUAAUCCUUUUUUAUCAUUGUAUGAAACUAUACUGAAAUCAUGUAGUUAGAUUUGAAUAGUUAUUUGGUAGUAUCAAUUCAUUUGAGUCCAUUUUAGGUAUUUUAAAAGGAAAUAAAACUCCAGAGAUGCUAAAUCUGGAUU